AUGGACGCGGAACCACUGGAGCAGGUCAUGGUCCUUGUCUUGGUCAUAGGGCGCUGGCUCAUGCCAAAAGGAGAGAUGACCCGAGACCAACUUGCAGAGCUACUUCGAAUUUACAUUGGCUUGGGGGCUGACAUAUUGGACUUAUUACGAUUAAUAAAGGAACCAAUAGUGGCAAAGAACAAGAAUGUAACUAUUGCGGGACUAUCCCUCUUUGGCUGGGCACUUAUGCAGUUUACACUAGUGCUCACUCAAACUCAAUCAUCACAACAUAAAGAAACAAGAGGUCAUCCAGAGGAAGAUCCCGAGGCUGCUGUAACUGAAGAUGGUUGCUGGUCCUGGUGUACGAUUGACGUAUGGCCUCUUGUAAUCGCAGUGGUGAUGCAGGAUGGACCGUUUCUUGCUUUUCGGCUUUACCUUAUUGUCAUACAUAAAAUGAACACGAAGACAAUGAUCUUCUUCAUCUGCAAAAAUAUACUGACACUCAUAAUAGAGAUCUACAACAUUAUUGUGGUGCUGAGAGCCCACAAGCAGAAAGAUAAGAAGUGAAUGUGGACAAUAUGUAUUAAAUUCAUUUAUUUGCAUUAC